ACAUGGGUUCGACUAGAUCAAGGGAUGAUGUCCUCUAUGGAUCUAAUGUGUUCAAUCUGUCUGGAAGUGUUCAGUGAUCCAGUCAGCACUCCAUGUGGACACAACUUCUGUAAAAUCUGUUUGAAUAAAUACUGGAACAACAGUCAAGACUACAGAUGUCCAAACUGUAAAGAAACAUUCAAACAGAGACUUGAUCUCAAGAUUAAUACAACAUUCAGAGACAUUGUGAAUGAGCAGAAGAAGAAAUCUGAAGUUGUGUGUGACAUCUGUACUGAAGGAAAGCUGAAGGCUGUGAAGUCGUGUCUGGUGUGUCAGAGCUCUUACUGUGAAACUCACCUGGAGUCUCAUUUGAGAGUGUCAGGAUUACAGAAACACAAAUUGAUUGAUCCUGUGAAGAAUCUGCAGGAUUAUAUAUGUCAGAAACAUGACAGACCUCUGGAGCUCUUCUGUAGAGAUGAUCAGACAUGUGUGUGUCUGUCCUGCACUGAAGGAGAUCACAAGAAUCACAACACUGUUCCUAUAAGAGAGGAGUUUGAAGUGAAGAAGCUUGAUCUCUUGAAGACACAGACAGACAUGCAGCAAAGGAUCAAAAACAGAACAAAGAAGAUUCAGGAUAUCAAACAUUCAGCAGAACUCAGAAGAAGAUGUCAGUCUGAACUGCUGGAGAUGAUGGAGGAGAAGCAGAAAGCAGCAGAGAAACAUGAUGAAUAUCUCAUUAAAGAUCUGGAGCAGGAGAUCACUGAACUAAGGUCUUCACUCACAGGGAUGACGUCCUCUAGGGAUCUAAAGUGUUCAAUCUGCCUGGAAGUGUUCAGUGAUCCAGUCAGCACUCCAUGUGGACACAACUUCUGUAAGAUCUGUCUCAGUACAUACUGGAGUGACACUCAAGACUGCAGAUGUCCAAACUGUAAUGAAACAUUCAAGCAGAGACCUGAUCUCAAGAUUAAUACAACAUUCAGAGACUUUGUGGAUGAACAUAAGAAGAAAUCUCAUGAGACACAACCUGAAGCUGACGUUGUGUGUCACAUCUGUACUGAACGAAAGCUGAAGGCUGUGAAGUCGUGUCUGGUGUGUCAGAUCUCUUACUGUGAAACUCACCUGGAGUCUCAUUUGAGAGUGUCAGGAUUACAGAAACACAAACUGAUUGAUCCUGUUAAGAAUCUGCAGGAUUAUAUAUGUCAGAAACAUGACAGACCUCUGGAGCUCUUCUGUAGAGAUGAUCACACAUGUGUGUGUCUGUUCUGCACUGAAGGAGAUCACAAGAAUCACAACACUGUUCCUAUAAGAGAGUCUGAGCUGCAGGCGAUGAUGAAGGAGAGGCAAACUGGAUCAAAGACAUACAAUAAUUCUGUCAUUAAAUAUCUGGAGAAGGAGAUCAGUGAAAUGAAGAAGAGAAACAUUGAGUUGCAGAUGAUAGCAGAGAAGCAGAGAGCAGCUGAGACACAAGAUAAAUGUCUUAUUAAAGAUCUGAAAAAGGAAAUCACUGAGAUACAAUUGAGAAACAAAGAGUUGGAGAAGGUGAGACAGAAGCAGAUCACUCAAGAGAAGGUCAUUAAAGAUCAAGAUCAGGAGAUCACUGAGCUGAAGAAGAGAAACAUCGAGCUGAAGCUGAGAGACGAUGAGCUGGUGAGGGAAAAACAGAAGCAGAUGACAGUAAACAGACAGUGUGAAAAUACCAUCAGGGAUCGAGAUCAGGAGAUCACAGAGCUAAAGAAGAGAAACAUUGAGCUGAAGAAGAGAGACGCUAUGAUGGUGAAACAGAAGAAAAUAACAGCAGAGAACGUCAUUAAAGUUCAAGAACAUGAGAUCACAGAGCUGAAGCAGAGAAAUAUUGAGCAUCAGCAUCAGAUCUCAAACACUGAAAUGAAUAUCUGCGUCCUACAGGGCCAACAUCAGGAAUACUUGAGUCGUCAACUAAAGUAUUCAAUGAUCGUAGGAGUUGUCUUCUUAGUGUUGAUUUUUAUUGCAUCUGUAAGACUUGAAACGGUGCAAAAAGAAUUCACUGGGCUGCAGAUGAAAAACAAUGACCUGCAGACAGAGAUGCUUCGCUGCAUAGAGUCGAGGUUGAAGUGGAUGCAGCAGUAUGCAGUGGAUGUGACUCUGGAUCCUGAUACAGCUCAUCCUAAACUCAAUCUGUCUGAUGAUGAGAAACAAGUGAGAUAUGGAGGCAUUGAGCACAAACUCCCAGACAACCCAAAGAGAUUUGAUACAUAUCCAUUUGUCCUGGGAAAGGAGGGAUUCUCAUCAGGGAGAUUUUAUUAUGAGGUUCAGAUGAAGGGAAAUAGUGUCUCGACUUUAGGAGUGGUCAGAGAAUCUGUUAACAGGAAAGGGAGUAACCCAGUGAAUAGAUUCUGGAUUUUGGCUCUGAGCAAUGAGAAUGAAUAUUUAGUUUGUGCUGAUCCUGUCUCUCUGUGUCUAAGUGGAAAGACACAGACGGUGGGUGUGUUCGUGGAUUAUGAGGAGGGUUUGGUCUCCUUUUAUGAUGUGGACAACAGAUCUCAUAUCUACUCUUUUACUGGCCAGUCAUUCAAUGAGAAACUCUAUCCAUUUUUCGGUUCAUAUGAUGGUAAAAGAAAAAACACAUUGAUCAUCACACCUGUCAUGAAAUAA